UGUUUUGGGAUUUGGCCUCUGUUUGAGUAAAGGCUCAGUGUUCGCGUGUGGGAGGUUGUGUUCAAGCCAGUCGGUGUUGUAUGUUUUCUGCGUGGAUUUCUAACACCCUGAAGUUUUUUGAGGAUUUUUUUUUCCUCAGUGUCAGGUCGACCUGUGACCGGAUGUUUAAUCCCCCAGAAGGACUUCAGAGCAGAGAUCUCAACCUGACUUCCAUCCACUGUUAUAAAACUGUCUUUAUCGUCCACAGACCACAAACAAUGAAACUGUUGCUGCCCGUCAUUCUCCUGACAGUCGGACUGGCCACUGGCUACCGCAGUCCACUGAAUGACUUCCAGCGCGCAGAGGGCAGAGAGCUGGUUCCCACCUGGAACUCAGGUCGAGUGUUGACGUUACCAGGCCUGAACCUGGAGGAUUGUGCCACACGCUGCUCACAGUCUCUUGACUGCAGAGCGUUCAACUACGAGACCCGUCCGACUGUCUCCUGUAAACAUCUGCCCUGGGUGGGUGACGGGAGCAACGCCGAGGUGAAGAGGAACGUCAACUGUGACCUUUAUGAGAAGAAGGUCUAUGUCAGAAAGUGCAUCGUGGGUAAAGGAGAAGACUACCGAGGGAAAGUCUUCACCACAAGAAGCGGGCUCAACUGCCAACAGUGGUGGUCCAAGUUUCCUCACGAUCACAGGUGGACUCCCACAGCUACCAACGGUCUGGAGUUGAACUACUGCAGGAAUCCAGAUGGGGAUCGAAUCGGUCCGUGGUGCUACACCACCGACCCUGAGCGCCGUUAUGAAAGCUGCAACAUCCCCCAGUGCAAAGAUGAGGUAUGUAUCACAUGUAAUGGGGAGGACUACAGAGGGCAGGUUGACCACACUGUGAGUGGAAAAGAGUGUCAGAGAUGGGACCAGCAGUACCCUCACCAACACAUCUACCAGCCUGAGAAGUAUCCUGAUAAGAGUUUAGAUGACAACUACUGCCGUAACCCCGACGCCUCUCCGGUGCCCUGGUGUUACACCACAGACACUGAGGUGGAGAGGGAGAACUGUGAGAUCAGCAAGUGCACUGAGGUGCGGGUCGAGAAGCGCCAGCGCUCCAGCCAACAACAGACCAACUGUUUCCGCGGCCGCGGUGAGGAUUACCGCGGUAAAGUCAACGAGACAACAUCAGGUAUCCCUUGUCAGCGGUGGGAUGCCCAACACCCUCAUGAGCAUCCCUUCUACCCAAACACAUACGAAUGCAAGGGUUUGGAGGAGAACUACUGUCGUAACCCAGAUGGGUCAGAGGCUCCCUGGUGCUUCACAUCGGUGCCAGAGAUGAGGACUGCUCUUUGCUUACAGAUCAAACGCUGUGCGGACGACAUAGAGGCUGAAGAUUGCUACCAAGAAAAUGGAAAAAACUACAGAGGCAUGGUCCGCAAAACUCGUAAGGGAAUCACCUGCCAGAAAUGGAACGUCAACACACCUCACCAGACCAAGAGAAACCCAAGGACGCAUCCUGAGGCCAAUCUGACAGAGAACUACUGUCGUAACCCAGAUGAGGACCAGCACGGACCCUGGUGCUACACCACCGACCCCAAAACUGAGUUUGACUACUGUGCCAUCAAACAGUGUGCUGGAGAGAAAGUGUCAAUGACUGAACCAGUAGAGAAAGUGGAGUUCAGUGAGUGCGGGAAGAGAGAGGACCGCAUCCAGAGGACGAUGUUGCGUAUUGUGAAUGGGGUUCCUGGGAACUCGCCGUGGACAGUGAGCCUCAGAGACCGGAGAGGCAACCAUUUCUGUGGAGGAUCCCUGGUUAACCCCAGAUGGGUGAUCAGCACCAAGCAAUGUUUCUCCUCCUGCUACGUUGACCUGCCUGGGUACUCAGCCAAGAUGGGAACACUGUAUCGUGAUCCACAAGAAGAUGAUCCUGGCGUGCAAACCAUCCCUCUGACCAAGAUCGUCUGCGGACCCUCAGAGUCUCAGCUGGUCAUGCUACAACUGGAAUACCCGGCCCAGUUUAAUGAGCGUAUCUCUCAAAUCUGCCUCCCUCCUGAGCGCUACAUUGUAGCUGAGGGGACGAGUUGUGAGAUCGCAGGAUGGGGUGAGACGAGAGGGACUGGAGAUGAGACUGUCCUCAACGUGGCCCAAAUACCAGUUCUUAGUAACAAGGAAUGCAACAAAUACUUCAGAGGUCGUGUUCGUGAAAAUGAGAUGUGCACGAGCUCUUUCCAGGGCGGGGUGGGCGCCUGUGAGAGAGACUACGGCGGCCCUCUGGCGUGUCAGAACAGGGAUUGCUGGGUACUCGAGGGUGUGAUUAUCCCCAUGAGGCGCUGCGGACACCCGGGGCAGCCCAACAUCUUCAUCCGUGUCUCCGUCUACGUGGACUGGAUCAAGAAGGUCAUGGAGAUGGCUUAGAGACAGAGACUGCCGUCCAACAGGGACUGAUCAAAUCCACUGUCAAAGACCUCAAGACCAUUUAUUCACUUAUCAUAUACAUUUCUUUCUUCUCCUAUAUCUUUUACAUUAAAACAUUUUAAAUAAUACGUUAAAAUGCAUAGUCAGAAGUUACUACAUUACUAUAUCAUGAAGAAGAGUCAUUCAGACUCAUACAUGGAGAAAAUGCAAAGACAGCACAGUCAUUUGUUACAGUAUAUCUGAAAUUAAUUUCUAGGUGCAUUUAUAUUUAGUGAAUCUUUUCAGCCAGAGUAACUAACUUUAGGUGCACCAGUGGGGGCAUUUAAACAAUAAGCAGAAAACAUUUACAUUCCCAAAACAUAAUCAUGUAUGCUGAGAUGCAAAACAAUGCAGAAAAGAUUUAUCAUAAAAAUAUAGUAAGUAUUAUUAAAAGUAAGUACAAUUCUACACAUUUUUGGACAACACUUUCCCCCCCCAGAUUCCCCCUCUUUAUCCAUUCAUAAGAAAUAGCCUAUAUAAACAUUUAAAAUAUAAUGUAGUGGUAAGAAGAUAUAAAGACAUUUGUAAGUGGUAAA